AAGGGCAAGAGCGGCGAUGGGAGCUGUGGGCUGAUUGGUAAAGAUGGAAAGAGGGAGAGGAGGAGGAGGAGGAGGAGGAAGGAACCUGGGAGGCUCUGGCCUGCACAGGAGCGUUUAUUCCCAGUCCCAGCAGCAGUACCAUUACCCAGCCUCCUCCCAGGGGGGCUGCAUGGAGAUCCAGGAGCUGGCUUCCAAGAGGGUGGACAUUCAGAAGAAGCGAUUUUACCUGGAUGUCAAGCAGAGCUCCCGAGGCCGCUUCCUGAAGAUCGCCGAGGUGUGGAUCGGGAGAGGCAGGCAGGACAACAUCAGGAAAAGCAAACUCACCCUCUCCCUCUCGGUGGCUGCCGAGCUGAAGGACUGCUUGGGGGACUUCAUCGAGCACUACGCCCACCUGGGCCUGAAGAGUGGGCAGGGGCACGAGCACAGCAAUGGCAAAGAGCAGCAUCCCCGGCGGCGCCCGCAGCAGCAGCAGCAGCACCCCCCGCCCUCACCACCGGUGUCUGUGGGCUCUGAAGAGCACCCUCACAGUGUCCUCAAAACGGAGUACAUCGAGAGGGACAACAGGAAGUAUUACCUGGACCUGAAGGAGAAUCAACGGGGUCGCUUCUUGAGGAUCAGGCAAACCAUGAGCAGAGGACCUGGCAUGAUGGGUUAUUUCGGCCACAGCUUGGGACAGGAGCAGACGAUCGUCCUGCCGGCUCAAGGGAUGAUCGAGUUCAGGGAUGCUUUGGUGCAGCUGAUUGAAGAAUACGGCGAGGGGGACAUCGAGGAUCGUCGGGGGGGGUGUGAUGAGCCCCUGGAGCUCCCCGAGGGCACCUCCUUCCGUGUGGACAACAAACGCUUCUACUUUGACGUGGGAUCCAACAGGUACGGGAUUUUCCUGAAGGUAAGUGAGGUGAGGCCACCCUACCGUAACACCAUCACGGUGCCCUACAAAGCGUGGACACGGUUCGGGGAGAAUUUUAUCAAGUACGAAGAAGAGAUGAGGAGGAUUUACAACAGCCAUAAAGAAAAAAGAAUGGAUGCCAGAGGGGACAGUGGUGAAGAGCAAGAGGGGCUGGAGUAGAGUGCGUUGGACUGGCCGCCUGGCAAAAUCAAUGAAGCAAAACAAGGAGAAAUCGGUGAGAGGGACUGAGCUAGAGUAAUUUCAAGUCACCCCAUUUGUUUUUUUUGUAAAGUCCUUUGCUGGUAGUUCUUGCUAACUCCAGUCCGUAAUGUUCUAAGAGUCUGGUUAUCACCAUAAAAUUACACCCAAAACAUCUCCCUCUUGUCUGAUGAAAGUACCAACCUCCCCAGUUCGUAUGAGUCAGCUGCUUCGAGUGUUGAAGACUAUGGAAGUACAUGUAUCAGCAAAAAAAAAAAAAAAUCUGGCACUCUGACCUUUAAAUAGUCUAGAUAAGGCUUGUGUUGCACUUCAGCAUGAUAGGAAAAAAAAAAAAAACCAAAACCAAAACACAACAAAACCCAAACAUUAUGCUGAAAUGUAUCAGUUUCUGCUUAUGAUGGGUUUUCCGGGACUGAAUUCUGCCUCUGCUCUCUCAAAAAGGUGAGCAGCACAGCUGUAGGGCAUUUAUGGGCAAAAGAAUCAACCUCGUGUGAAUUGCUGGUAUGUGUAUGAGGAGAGGCUGAGGUUUUAAAAUUGGCAUCUACUGAUGAUUGGGUUUGAAAUGAUAUUCUGUGCGGGUAAAACCUCCGUAACUGGUCAGACCUUUCUAACAUGCUGGUGAAGAGCAGAAAAUUUGGUGUUCAUUUCAUAGUUUUGUGCUGGCAGAACAACCCAAGUAUCCCAGGGUAGCAAAGCACUCAGCUCAAGUGCUCCUCCGAAUUAACGGCAAGGAAUAAUAACCCACUCCUCACCUCUGUGUUCUGCCCAAGCAAGGCUGGUGAUUGGCUGAUGGGUUGACUGAUUGAUUCUUCUAAUGCAUUUGUUCCAAAAUUUCUAAAGGUGUUUUUGUAUCAGCAGUGUGUUCUGGGUUCCAUCAGGCAGCUGUGGAGGGGGUAGUUGGAGGGGGAGAGACCACCACGACCGAGGUGGUCUCCCAAAUGUGAGGAUUAAUGCAGCCAGGAUGUUACCCACGUGAGGAAAACACCUGGGUGGUUUUCUUCACCCACUGCCAGAGAGACCUUUGUGGGGUUUGGUGCACCACUGGGUUUAUAUCUAAAUGGCAUCUCUCUCAUCCUUACCUGUGGAGCCUUUUGGAAGCCGUGGCCGAUGCCGCGGCCGGUUGUCUGUCGUGUUGUUUUUACAGGGGUUGUUGUUAGGAGGUGACACCCAUGCUCUGCCAUCACCCCCUCACACCCACUCAGAGCUGGGGCUCUCACUGAGCAACCUGAGUCCUGACUGCCCCCCUCCAGGUUUCAGUGUCAUCCCCCUGAAGCCUCUGUACCAUCGGUUUGACACCACACCACAUAAACCCUCUGCCCUGGGGGGGAAAUGUGGACGAUUACCUCUUGAGGAGGUUGAUGAAAGAUUCUAAAAUUCUUUGUCCUUUCUUAAAAUGUGAAUACUUACAAGGGGCUUCUCCAGCCCUUGGGUGUCCAGCUCCCUCCCCUUUGAAACCAGCGGGAGUUUGAGCUCCAGGUACUUGGUGUUGCCCACCUUUAAGGUUUUGUCUUUUAAGUCAGCAUUACUGUGUCAGAUCAGAUAUUUAUAAUAAUUCAAAUAAUUUUUUUUUUACAGAGUGGCCUAGUGUGCAUGUGAACCAGCUACU